AUAACUCGAUGGAUACAUCUCCUUCCUAUGCACGCUUCUUCCCUUCUCUUCCGUCUCUAUGAAUUCUGAAAAUCAAAAUUCCAAACCCAGAAAUCAAAAUUCUUCCAAAGACACAAACUUUACUCAUUCUUUUUGAGUUAAAAAUAAAACCAUUUAAAGAAAGCAAUCAAUGGAAUUUGGUGAAUGCUCUUCUGGUUCCAAUUCCUCCUCCUCCUCCUCCGAUGAAGCCUGGGCCAAACUUGUACCAUCUGACUCGAGAUAUUCUGAUGUUGAGAUAAGGUCAAAUGAGAUGGUAAUCUGCUCAGAGAUUACAUCUUCUUCUCUUGAGAAGCAUGAAUGGUGCAAAAUAACAAGGAACUCAGAUCAAAGUUCUGCUAUGAUGCAAAAUAAGAGCUCAAAUACAAUACUUGUUGAUGAGGUCACUGUCCAAAAUGAAGAUAAUGUAGUGAUAAAUUGUGGAAGUGAAAUUAUUCCUGGCCCUGCCAGAGAAGGAUAUUUGAGCUACAGAUUUAAACUAAUGCCUCGAGAGUCUUUCACGAGAUGGUUAAAGGUCAAUAUAGAUGCUGAGCAUGCAAAAUGCAGCAUUUGCUUAAACGUCUGGCAUGAUGUUGUUACUGUUGCUCCUUGUCUUCAUAACUUCUGCAAUGGAUGCUUUUCAGAAUGGUUGAGGAGAUCGCAAAAAAGACAUUCAAGUGUGCUCUGUCCUCAGUGUAGAGCAGUAGUACUGUUUGUUGGUAGAAACCACUUUCUGCAUAGUAUAGAGGAGGAUGUAUUGCAAGCCGAUUCUUCACUAAAGCAGUCAGAUGAAGAAAUAAUUCUUUUGGAUUCCUAUGCAUCAAUAAAAUCAAAUCUUAUCAUUCAAACUGGAAAAAAGCGUCGUCAAAAGAGGCCACACUCAAUUUUGGAUGCUGAAAAUGAAGUUGCAGAUUUCCCAUGUCCUCAAUGUGGUACUGAGUACAGUGGCUUCCACUGCAAUCAGAAUACAAUUCACUUACAGUGCCAUGCCUGUGGAGGGAUGAUGCCUUCUCGAGCUGAUAUUGGAGUACCACAGCACUGUUUGGGAUGUGAUAGAGUAUUUUGUGGUGCCUAUUGGCAUGCUCAAGGUGUUUCCAGAAGUGACUCUCACUGCAGCCAUGAGAAUUUUAAACCAAUCUCAGAGCAUGCUGUCUCUAGGAUUCCAUUUUUGGCACAUGAAAAAAACCGGCAUGAACAGGAUAUCACACAAAGGUGUAUCAGACAGAUGGGAAAAACACUGCAGGAUGUUAUUUCAGAUUGGAUUGGGAAGCUGAACAACAGAGAAAUUGAUCGAACUAGGAUGCCACUGAAUCAUGCUGAGAUGAUAACUGUUGGAACCCAUGUUUGCAAUGAUUGUUAUGACAAAUUGAUCUCCUUUCUGCUGUACUGGUUCCGGAUUUCAAUACCUAAAAAUCUCCUUCCGCCAGAAGCAGCUGACAGGGAAGAUUGCUGGUAUGGUUAUGCCUGCCGGACACAGCACCAUAAUGAAGACCAUGCGCGUAAAAGAAAUCAUGUUUGCCGCCCUGCUAGGGGUAAUCAUGCAUAAUGAGCAGCUAGACAAUCUCUUCAUGCAGUCAUGAAAUUGUAUAGUAUAGUGGAUAUGGUUUCAAAAAAAAAAAAAUUUAUUGUGAUCAAGAACUUUUUGCUUAUGAGAUAUUCUAAUUUUCACCAGUUCUUUACCCUCGAAACA